CGCUGUACCCGAGAUGGUUGACUGCGACCAUCUCCAAACUCCCCGCGUCAAACUCCUCGCAUUUUCGCGUCUCCUUCCCCACCAGGCCACCACCGCUUCCAACCUACGACGCGGACCCAGCCAGACUCGUCGUCGUCCCAGAACAUCGGAGAGAGACAGGACACAAAUUGGAUUCGGAUCGCUCGUCCAUUUCCAUCCCCGAUCGAUCCCCUCAGCCCCACGCCUGCGAGCAAGCAAGCAAGGCUCGCCUCCGCCGGAUCACGCGCGCCACGGCGCAGAUCCCCCGGUUUGACCCGAGCAAAUCCGUCAGGCGGCCCGGAGGAGGCUCGUGGGUCGAGCUUGAUGCUCCCAGCUCGCCGAGGACCGCUGCGAGAUAUGAAUAAGCCAGCCUCUCCUCCGGGCGGACGGCUCCCGGUCGAAAUGAUGGAGGACGAGCAAUCGGCCACAUACACCGUGGACGACGCGCUUCUGUCUUCAGGUUUCGGGAGGUACCAAAUAUUGAUCCUUUCCUAUGCCGGGGUCGCCUUGAUUUCGGAAGCGAUGGAGAUGAUGCUGCUAUCGUUUGUUGGUCCAUCGGUUCAGCUGGAAUGGAACCUUACUGCUCAUCAGGAGAGCAUGAUUACAAGUGUUGUUUUUGUCGGAGAGCUGAUUGGAGCUUACUCUUGGGGCGUCAUCUCGGACCACUAUGGAAGGAGGAAGGGGUUUCUCUUUACUGCCAUUGUGAUGAGCGGAGCUGGACUCCUUAGUGCCUUUGCUCCCAACUAUGCAUCGUUAAUGGCUCUAAGGUUCUUAGUGGGUAUUGGCCUGGGAGGAGGACCUGUUCUCAGCUCUUGGUUCUUGGAAUUUGUUCCUGCUCCAAGUAGAGGUAGAUGGAUGGUGAUAUUUUCAACAUUUUGGACUGUCGGGACUAUCUUCGAGGCUUCUCUUGCAUGGGCAGUUAUGCCCAGGUUUGGCUGGAGGUGGUUGCUAGCAUUGUCAUCUGUCCCAUCUUUCGUCCUGCUUUUGUUUUAUGUUAUCACACCAGAGUCACCAAGGUUCCUUUGCAUGAAAGGCAGAAUACCGGAGGCUGUGGAUGUGUUGGAGAAAAUGGCAAGAUUAAACAAUGUACCUAUGCCUUCUGGUAGGCUUGUUUCUGACAAAAACAUUGAGCUAGAUGAAGUUUCUGAGUCUGCAACACUCCUGACUUCUGUUGCUGCUGGAAGUGAUGGUGGUGGUAAAGAAGAAGAAGAAAAUGACAACAUUAAGGAAGAUGAAGGUUCCAAUUUUGGAGGUAUCAAGUCUGUCUCAAAGCUGCUGUCGCCAAAAUUGUUCAGAGCAACUGUACUUCUGUGGUUGGCUUUCUUUGGAAAUGCGUUUUCCUAUUACGGGAUUGUUCUGUUGACGUCAGAGUUAAGUAAUGGAAACAGGAUAUGUGCAAAAGAGGAGGUUGAAUCCGUACACUCGAACGAGUCAAGCCUAUACAAAAACGUUUUUAUCUCUAGCUUUGCAGAGAUUCCAGGGUCAGUUGCUUCGGCCUUGAUGGUGGAUAGAGUUGGCCGAAAGCUUUCAAUGGCGUCGAUGCUCUUCACUGCCUGUGUCUUUCUGUUCCCGCUAGUGUUUUCCCAGGCAGACAUACUAACAGGAAUCUCAUUAUUUGGUGCCAGGCUCUGCAUAUCUGCGAGCUUGUCCAUUCUAUACAUAUAUGCUCCCGAGAUCUAUCCAACCUCGGUGAGGACAACAGGGAUCGGCGUCGCCAGCUCGGUAGGCAGGAUUGGGGGCAUCCUGUGCCCUCUCGUCGCCGUUGCUCUGGUGCACAACUGCCAGCAGACGGCCGCGAUCCUCCUCUUCGAGCUUGUAGUCUUCCUCUCGGGGAUGGCUGUCAUGUUCUUCCCUUUCGAGACGAAAGGUUCUAGGCUUAACGACACCGAGGGGAUCUGAAUUGAUGCGGUGGUUGUAUUUUAGCACCCAUUUUUGUGUGACUGAGAACUGUGAUGGCAUACUACUGAACAUUCUUGAUCGAUACCAAUAUCAGUUAGUGUUAUAUCUUA